AAAUGCACUUUUCAACCUUUCAGCAGCAUUACUAAUUAAGAUCUGAGAUUCAUCCCUGAAGUGAGGAACUGGAUGCAGUAUCCUCUGAUCGUUGAUUCUCAACAAAUGGCCGCUCAAGUUCUUGGAUCAAUUGCGUCUCCCCUCUCUGUUUCUACAGUGGCGGCAUAUUGUUCUUCUUCCUCAAGAUCGGCGAUCAUUCCCAUUUCAAGUGCAGCCGGGCAUGGAAGAUCUCGGGUUUUGCGUCAAAGGAGGUUCAGGUCAGACAUGGUCGCGGACUUCACGAAGCCUGUUCGCCGAGCAAUGGUUGUUUGCGCGGCUCAGGAAGGAACAAUUGAUGAAAAGUUUGAAGUUGCAGUUCCAGAUGUAACAGAAGCAAACUGGAGAUCACUAGUAUUGGAAUGUGACAUAACUGCAAUUGUUGAAUUUUGGGCCUCAUGGUGUGAACCAUGCCGCGCGAUCCAUCCUGUAAUCUUCAAUUUAUCAUUGAAAUAUGAAGGAAAGAUGAGAUGUUUCAAGAUCAACACUGAUGAGAACCCAGACAUAGCAACUCAAUAUGGAAUCAGAAGCAUCCCAACUGUUCUGAUUUUUAAGAACGGAGUUAUGGUAGAAAAAGUAAUAGGGGCUGUUCCAGAAACGACCUUGGUCACAUUUAUUCAGGCAUAUUUGGAUACAUAAUUUAAAUUUUAUGUUAUCUUUUACCAGUAACUUUUCUAAAAUUGCAUAAUUGUAGAUGCAAUUGUGACUAGAGAUCUAUUAAGAACUUCUUCAUGCUUGUCCGUGUCCAUAUUAAUGGAGGAUAAAGUUGGCCUAAGUUUCUUCAAUGCUGCAGAGGUUAUGGAGGUUGCCUGAGAUGUUUUGGGAGUUCAUUACGACAAAUUCUGGAAUCUUUUCUGUAAGCUUUUUGUCAUUCCAGAAUUUGAAGAUUUAUUUUGGUACUGCUGCUUAGCUUUAGUCUAUGCAAGAUAUUAUUGAUUUUCUGAAUAUAUAAAUUUGAUUCAAA